AGGUCCCUCCCAUUGCCGGUGGAAGUUGUUCCUUGCUACGGGAAAAGGAGUUUGCCGAAAUGCACUGGCUUAGGAAUCUUCGGCCAAAAAGUUCUCUUCUGCUGCUUAUAAGGAGGCCUUACUGUUCAUCACGGCAACUCCCAACCUUAACACUCUUUACAAAGGAUCCAUGUUCCCUGUGUGAUGAUGCAAAAGAAGUCCUUGAACCAUACAAGCAUAGAUACACACUUCAAGAAGUUGAUAUUACCCUGCCAGAGAAUAAAGUUUGGUAUGACAGGUACAAGUUUGAUAUACCAGCAUUCCACUUGAACGGCCAGUUUCUAAUGAUGCAUCGAGUCAACACCACACUCCUGGAAAAGCGUUUGGCAAAGCUCGAGGACAGCAACUAGUAGCCUAAUGUAUGAACGUGCGUCAACAAUAUGUGUUAUUUUUCAUGUUAUGAGUGUUUAUGAAUAAGGUUCUUAUCUUACAAGUAAUAAAGGCCUUGUUUA